UCCUCCCGCGCCGAGCCCCUGCCGCUCCGGGCGGACGAUGCUGAAGAUGCUCUCCUUUAAGCUGCUGCUGCUGGCCGUGGCUCUCGGCUUCUUUGAAGGAGAUGCUAAGUUUGGGGAAAGAAGCGAAGGGAGUGGAGCGAGAAGGAGAAGGUGCCUAAAUGGGAACCCCCCAAAGCGCCUGAAAAGGAGAGAUAGGCGGAUGAUGUCCCAGCUGGAGUUGCUGAGUGGGGGAGAGAUACUGUGCGGUGGCUUCUACCCUCGGCUGUCCUGCUGCCUGCGGAGUGACAGCCCAGGGUUGGGGCGCCUGGAUAACAAGAUAUUUUCUGUUACCAACAACACAGAAUGUGGGAAGUUACUGGAGGAAAUCAAAUGUGCACUCUGCUCUCCACAUUCCCAGAGCCUGUUCCACUCACCUGAAAGAGAAGCCUUGGAAAGAGACCUUGUACUUCCCCUGCUCUGCAAAGACUAUUGCAAAGAAUUCUUUUAUACUUGCCGAGGCCAUAUUCCAGGUUUCCUCCAAACUACUGCUGAAGAGUUUUGCUUUUACUAUGCAAGAAAAGAUGGUGGGUUGUGCUUUCCAGAUUUUCCAAGAAAACAAAUCAGAGGACCAGCAUCUAACUACCUGGACCAGAUGGAAGAAUAUGACAAAGUGGAAGAGAUCAGCAGAAAGCACAAACACAACUGCUUCUGUCUUCAGGAGGUUGUGAGUGGGCUGCGGCAGCCCGUCGGUACCCUGCAUAGCGGGGAUGGCUCGCACCGUCUCUUCAUUCUGGAAAAAGAAGGUUACGUGAAGAUACUUAGCCCUGAAGGAGAAAUUUUCAAGGAGCCUUAUUUGGACAUUCACAAACUUGUUCAAAGUGGAAUAAAGGGAGGAGAUGAAAGAGGUCUGCUAAGCCUUGCAUUCCAUCCCAAUUACAAGAAAAAUGGAAAGCUCUAUGUGUCUUAUACCACCAACCAAGAACGGUGGGCUAUCGGGCCUCAUGACCACAUUCUUCGAGUUGUGGAAUACACAGUAUCCAGAAAAAAUCCCCAUCAAGUUGAUUUGAGAACAGCCAGAGUAUUUCUUGAAGUCGCAGAACUCCACAGAAAGCAUCUAGGAGGGCAACUGCUCUUUGGCCCUGAGGGCUUUUUAUACGUCAUUCUCGGUGAUGGGAUGAUCACACUGGAUGAUAUGGAAGAAAUGGAUGGUUUAAGUGAUUUCACAGGUUCGGUGCUUCGGCUGGAUGUGGAUACGGAUAUGUGUAGUGUGCCUUAUUCCAUACCGAGGAGCAACCCGCACUUCAACAGCACCAACCAGCCCCCCGAGGUGUUUGCACACGGCCUGCAUGACCCAGGCAGAUGUGCUGUGGACCGACAUCCCACUGAUAUAAACAUCAACUUAACAAUACUUUGUUCAGACUCCAAUGGAAAGAACAGAUCAUCAGCCAGAAUCCUACAGAUAAUAAAGGGGAAAGAUUAUGAAAGUGAGCCAUCACUUUUAGAAUUCAAGCCAUUCAGUAAUGGUCCUUUGGUUGGUGGAUUUGUUUACCGAGGCUGCCAGUCGGAAAGACUGUACGGAAGCUAUGUGUUUGGAGACCGUAAUGGGAAUUUCUUAACCCUCCAGCAAAGUCCUGUGAGCAAGCAAUGGCAAGAAAAACCACUCUGUCUCGGCAAUGGCGGUUCCUGUAGAGGUUACUUGUCAGGUCACAUAUUGGGAUUUGGAGAAGAUGAAUUAGGUGAAGUUUAUAUUCUAUCAAGUAGUAAAAGUAUGACCCAGACUCACAAUGGAAAACUCUACAAAAUUGUAGAUCCCAAAAGACCUCUAAUGCCUGAGGAAUGCAGAGCCACGGUACAACCAGCGCAGACAUUGACUUCGGAGUGUUCCCGGCUCUGUCGGAACGGCUACUGUACCCCCACGGGCAAGUGCUGCUGCACCCCAGGAUGGGAAGGGGACUUCUGCAGAAUUGCAAAAUGUGAGCCAGCGUGUCGUCACGGAGGUGUCUGCGUGAGACCGGACAAGUGCCUCUGUAAGAAAGGCUAUCUCGGUCCUCAGUGUGAACAAGUGGACAGAAGCAUCCGCCGCGUGACCAGGGCAGACAUCACCUAGAUGAAACACCUUUGCCCUGUCCUGUAAAAUACUAAAGUUACAUUUUUCACCAACUUAAUUGGAAAGAAGGGGAGUGAGAAAGCAAACAGUCUUUAAUGUGCUGUGGAUCUAAUCUAGCAAUGUAUCCUUGUGCCAACAUGUAAUCAUUAACGACGGAUGAAAAAGCAAGAAAACAGCCAAUCCUUAUAAAAUUCCAGCAUUAAACAUAUGUAAAGUGCUUUUCACCAUAGCAAGACUGUCAGUGUAUAUGUGAUUAGAAUGUUGCAGAUUUCACACUGAACGAACCUCACUGGAGAAGAGCUCACUCGUUUUUAACAAAUCUUGGCUAUGUAAGCUGUCACUUGUACAAAUUUUUUAAAUAAUAAUUCUUGCCAAAUACGAGUUUUAAUGUAUAUGUUCCUUUAGAACUCAAUGAAAAUCCUCUUUGGUUAAUGUAUGAAUAAAUUUCUGUAAAUGUUCUGUUCAGGUUUUUAAAGAAAUGCCAUGUUCUAAUUUAAAGCAGCAAAAAGUCUGAUAGACAUUUUUCUUAAUGGUUUUUGAGGCCAGCUGUCCAUAUUUGGAUCAUAACAAAAUUAUCAGGCCUCUGCACUACUGAGAAAACAUCUAUCAUGAUGCGCACACCCGCUCUAGGUUGUCCUGUAAACAUUUGUUCUUCCAGAAUCUAAAUUGUAGACUAGUGUAGAUAUGCAGCAUGGGCUCACUUUUCAAACCUGCUCCUUACCUAUAGGAAUAUGAAACUCAAUUAAAAAGAAUAAAUCGUGUAACUAGCAUUUCUCUAUUGUCUUAAGGCAAGAGAUUUGCAAUUAAAGCACAGUGAGCAUUUAUGUAGAAAGGUUGUUUAAGUACACUGCUCUUGUCUUCCAUAUAUGAUUACUUAAGUUUCAAGUGACCUCAUGCCAAAUGGAAAUGGGUUGAGAAACCUUGGUUCAGUGCUUAGUGAACAAUGUGCAUGCAUAAUUUUGCACAAUUUAGAUUCAAUUGACAGUCUAUUCAAAGAAGUCUCAGGAUUAAAUGAGCAUGGAGACCAAAUUGCCCUCUUACCCCAGAAAAGGGGUGGUCCCUUCUAGUCACACUAACACUUCAUUGGCCCAAGAGUGUGACAAAUCUUGCCAUGAACCUGCAGUAGCCUGCAUCUGGAGGUUAAUAGCAGUCUUUUGUCUUCGUUGCUUUCUCUUCAUAGCCCUUUUACUGAAUUCCAUCACAGAAAGUUUUACAAUUAAAAAAAAAAAAAUGUCCUGACAACCAUUUUUGUAAAUGGACCUUACCAUCUAAUCGUCCCUUAUUCAAUGUGGGUGACAUUAACAAAAUGUGAACUUCUGGUGAGGGAGCCAGCUGUCUGAAUCUGUCAAAUUGUGCAGUUUUAUUACACAUUCUCCUGUUCAUAGUCUCACUGAAAACAAUAAGGACACUGCUAUACAUUCAGCAAAAUCUGAAAAAUCCGAGGUUUCUUCUUACACACUUAAUCUUACCAUCUCUUCCAAAAGGAUCUCUCCAAAAGAAAAGGUGUUAUAUUGCCAUCAGUCCUCCUAUUUAAAAAUAUCUAUAUUAAAUUGACCAGGCCCAGACUUUUUACACAGUCCUUUCCCAAGUGAAAGAGUUUCAAAUGUCUUAGAAAAACAUAUGUACCCCAGGUGUCACUGCCUUUUCUGUUGUGAGUCAUUAGAAUAAAAGACCAAAACCUUCUAAAAGAGAAGAUAGCAAGAUCCAUGGAUAUUAAAUCCGAGCAAAGAAAGUCAAGCUGCUGGAAUCAUUUCUUUCUCUUCUUGGGAGAGAUGUAAGGAGCAGUGGCUAAUUGAUUGCUACAGACUUUGAACUCCGUGAUCAUUUCAGAAACAAUCUUUUGACCUUUUUUUUUUUUUUCCAAUCAGAUUUUUAAACUAUGAGACUGGAGAAUUAUCAUAAAUGCUCCGGGAUAGGCACGUAGGAACUGGUUUCAAGUAUGAGCUAGGGAGAAGUGAUUGCUCUAUCAUGCGAAUGGCAACAUCCACUUGGUUCUUACAGCACACAAUCAGAAGGGAGAAAAAUGUCCUUGGCAUGGAUGUAGAUUUGUGAGAUAAAGAUAAAAUAAAGAGAUAGAAAAUGUUAUGAUUAUCCCUUUGUCCAUUCUGGAGCUUAAGCUUUGGGUGUUAAUUUAAUGUGAAGUGCUGUUAGGGUAGUUACAAAGGGUUCGAGAAAAACUCUCUCCCACUGCUUUUGCCAAACUCUUGUCAUAGUUAAUAGAACCUGUUUUUCUUGCCGGUUAGUUAAGGUAACGAGAAGAAAACGAAAUUGGCCCAUCAUUAAAUUGAAAAUAAGGGAAGAGUUACAACAGAAACAAAAACAAAAACAACUUGUGUGAUGAUAAAAAGUUCCAUCCAUACCUUUUCUUCUUGGAAUUUUGUUUCAGUGUGGCUAUUGCAAAAUACUUUAUCACAAAGAAUCCUCAGAAGUCUUCUCAGGUUAAUGGACUGUAUCAUAAAGAACAGAGAAACCUACAUAUAUCAAAUAUACACACAACCUAAAUAGAAAACCAUUCCCUUUUUCAUUUAUAUGCUUCGGAGCAGGCACCUCUUCUCUAUUGAUUUCUUUGAAAAUGAUUACAUACCGAUGUAUUAACAACUUCAAGAUGUUUCUUUUGAUAUUGCUUUUAGCUCUGAAUCAUAAACUGUAUAACAACCCUGUCAGGUGUAAGACAUGAGGUUAGAUGCUGCAUCUGGGGUAUUUCAAAGUACACAUUAACUUAAACUUAAUUAUUAGUCUAACAUUCUUAACUCUGAAACAGAAAAGAGAAGCCAAACCCAAAUUUUUAAGUGGAAAAAUAAAGUACACCAUAGGCAGAUGUAGUUUGCUGUUCAAUAAAUUAAAGUUCUGACAUCUCUAUAGAAUAUUACCUAUAGUAUUUAUCUCUAUGCCUACCUCUGUCUCUAUCUCUCUCUCUUCUCCCACCCACCCUUCUUCCGUUUAACCUCUUCCUUCUCUUCCAUUUCUAUUGGUUUUGACUAAACAGAUAUGUCCUUAAUACACCCAUAACGAAGAUGUCCUGUGGCAGCUUGCUAUUGAUUUUGCUCGGUAUGACCUUUUCUUUAUUUUCCUAAAAAAUACCCUCUCCCCAUGUCACAUUUGCUCAGACGCUGUAUCAUGAAGAACAGUAGACAAAUAUGAAUGUAUCAGAUUGACCUAUUACAGUUACUGAAAGAAAUAACCAGAAAGCAUAAAUGGCUCCCAGAUUCGUCUUGUGUUCCAUCAUUCAUACAGGAAAACACAAAGAGUACCCCAGGCAAGAGCUUGAGUGAACAGCAGGAAAAGUUAGUAGAUACUUCCUAUUCAGGCAUGACAUACUCUACAAAGUCUUUGUUGCAGAGGAGUGUUCCAAAUCUCUUCUUUGCCCACCUCUGGGAUGAGAAUUGAACUUGCACAGAAAUCAGACCAAAGUUCCAUGCCCAGAAAAUGUACAUAUUUCUGUAUCACCCAUAGGUAGUUAGUGGGCCCAUUAUUGUGAAUGCUGGCAAUACUUUCAGAGAGUUCCUCUUUAGAAUAUCCUGAAGAAAUAUAUUUACUAUCUUAUAUUCUUUCUCUUCAUCACACUAACCCAAAUUAGUCUUGCCCCUAGUAAUUAACGAUGUCAAAGAAGGUGGAAACCUAAGAACAGAAGCAUUUCAAUAUUAAAAAUAGUAAAAAUAUGGGGCGCUUGGGUGGCACAGCGGUUAAGCGUCUGCCUUCGGCUCAGGGCGGGAUCCCGGCGUUAUGGGAUCGAGCCCUACAUCAGGCUCUUCUGCUAUGAGCCUGCUUCUUCCUCUCCCACUCCCCCUGCUUGUGUUCCCUCUCUCACUGGCUGUCUCUAUCUCUGUCGAAUAAAUAAAUAAAAUCUUUUAAAAAAAAUAGUAAAAACAUGACCAUAAGACCUGCCAAACACUAAUCCCAGCCAACUUCAACACUUCUUUCUCUUAAAUAUCUUCUCAUAAGUUUUGGAAAUUGCUUUAAAAUAGCUGUUUAGGUGAGUAAGCUGUAUGCAAGAGAGCAUGAGGGUUGUUGUUCCAUAUUCUUCUCAGUCAUAGCGGUAGUUUCCCUUGCUGCUAUGAAGAGAUGUAUUCCUUUAUCAGAUCAGCACUUUUCUUAAAAUCUCCAAUUGCAUAUGAGCCCAAGAGACACCUAUUACUUACCUUGCUUUCUUUCGUAAAGGUCAUGGCGGGUUGAAAAAAUAAAAAAUAAAUAAUGGAUUGCUCCUAUCAACAUAGAGCCUUAGGCCUAAAACUUGUUAUUGCUUUUUUUUUUUCUUGUCAGACUA